AUGGACCAGAAAUCGUCAUACCGCGAACAAGCCGAGGCCGCCAGUGAUUUGCCUGCUUCUGGCCCACUUUUAGGAGGCAGUGUGACAGGCCGCUUUAGUGCUAACAGUGAAAGCAGCAUGGGUUCAACGCGCUCCGUCUUCUUCAACAUUGGUAGUGUAGAACAGUUUGAGCGGAAUCUUGCCAGCAUUGAAGAUAAACUUGGUGUUCCUAUGCACGAGCGAAUACCAGUGGAAUAUAAGACACCCUUUGAUUGGUUAGUCAAACUGCUUUCAAUUGCUUUACACAUUUAA